AUGGCGAAAGGGGAACUUCACGUGCGCAUUCUUGAAGGACGAAAUGUCAAAGAUGGAGAUAUUACAGGCAGAGGAGACCCUUUUGUUGAAUUUUGGUUAGACAGAUGGCAUAAGCAACGAACAGAAUCACGAUUUAAUACGAGGACGCCUGUAUGGCUUGAAGAACGAACUUUUUUAGUAGAUGGACAGAAGAGUCUUCAUCUUCGUCUUAUUGAUAAAGACCUAAUAAUUGAUGACAAGCUCGGUGAAACAAAAAUCCCAUUAAAGCCCGUCUACGAACAGUUUUACCAAGAUUUGUGGGUGCAUGUAAGUCCACCAGGGAAACAUGAAAGUACCG